GUUCGUCCGUCAUUCGACGAGUCGUUCCAGUUCCAAGUAUCCGUACCAGAAUUGGCGCUAGUGCGAUUUUUGGUGCUCGACGACGACUUUAUUGGUGACGACUUCAUUGGACAAUACACGAUCCCUUUCGAAUGCCUGCAACCAGGAUUUCGCCAUGUUCCGCUUUUGAAUAACGAAGGCGACCCGCUCCCGAACGCUACGCUUUUCGUGCACAUCGCGGUCACCAACAAACGUGGAGGAGGGAAAGCCAAGAAACGGGGCAUGUCAGUCAAGCGUAAGUCUAGUCGAGUGAACACCGGCAUGAAGCUCGUCGGAAUCAAGACCGUCGAUGACCAGUUCAAAACGGCCGUCGCCCCACUUUGCGAGUCAAUCGCCAUGCGUAAUAAGCUCGAAGCAGCUCUGGUGGGUGGAACAGUAAAACUGCCAUUAAAAUCCUCUUUCAUCUACCUCCUGCUACUUGGAAAAAUUCAGAUUGACUGGCAAGAAGAAUGCGGCCUGGGCCCUGCUGGUACUAUUCGACAAGGAAUCCGUCUCAUACAUUCACGAAUGAUGACACUGGCUGUGAAUUCCACUCCUCCAUCAUCACCGUCAGCCGGUUCGGAGACCAGUCGCAGUCAAGACGUUGUGCCGUCGUUCAUGAUCGAAAGCGACGACAAAAACUUCCCUGUGAUCAUCGUGACUGGGCAGAUCCCUGACCAACUACAGCGAACCUUCCAAAAGUUGAAGACGUUGAUCUCGCACUGCGUCGCCACACUUGGUCACGCUGACACCCUUCUGACUAAGAUUGAGGAGUCAAUCAAACACAUAUCGGAGAGCCAUGAUGAACUUGCUCAUCUGUGCCUGGAAAGUGGCCUCAAGGGCCAGAAGGCCACAAGAGCUGCCGAGAAUUUCACAUGGAAUCUGAGGCUUCUCAAAGCCCAACUGAGUCUGGUCAGUAAGAGCCAGGAUGAGGCUCAGGACAUCAUCACGCAGGUUUUCGACACCGGUGGCGUUUUGGGCAUACUGUCGUCGAAAAUGAUGGGCCGUAGUGGUCGACGAUUCUCACGUGUCAUCCACGAUCCCAUAAGAGACUCGACUCUCUGA